AUGGCGGUGUGCGCGCGGCUGUGCGGCGUGGGGCCGGCGCGCGGGUGCCGGCGGCGCGGGGCGGCGCGGGAGCAGCGGCGCGGCGGCGGCGCCGCCGACAGCGAGCCCGACACCGACACCGACCCCGAGGAGGCGGGCGGCGGCGGCGGCGGCGCGGCGCGGCGGGAGGAGGGCGAGGAGGAGGACGAGGAGCGCAUCGAGGGCGCGCGGCCCGCGCCGUCCCCCGCCGAGGCCGGCCCGGCCGCGCGGGCCUCGCUCUCUCUCCUGGAGCUGCCCCCCGAGCUCCUGGUGCAGAUCUUCGGCUCGCUGCCCGGCACCGACCUGCCCAGCCUGGCGCGGGUGUGCACCACCUUCCGCCGCAUCCUCCGCACCGACACCAUCUGGCGGCGGCGCUGCCGCGAAGAAUAUGGUGUCUGUGAAAACUUGCGGAAGCUGGAGAUCACGGGAGUGUCCUGUCGAGAUGUUUAUGCCAAACGUAUAAACCCACGAGUGAAGUCGGGGCGUUUUAUGAAAAUCCUUCCCGACUACGAGCACAUGGAGUACAGAGAUGUUUACACCUGCCUGCUGCACCGAUACCGACACAUCUUGGGAUUAUGGCAGCCAGACAUUGGACCCUAUGGGGGACUGCUGAAUGUGGUGGUAGAUGGUUUGUUCAUCAUUGGGUGGAUGUACUUGCCCCCUCAUGACCCUCAUGUUGAUGAUCCAAUGAGAUUCAAACCUCUCUUCAGGAUUCACCUCAUGGAGAGGAAAUGUGCCACAGUUGAGUGUAUGUAUGGCCAUAAGGGACCUCACAAUGGCCAUAUCCAGAUUGUAAAGAAGGAUGAGUUCUCCACAAAAUGCAACCAGACAGAUCACCAUCGAAUGUCAGGGGGAAGGCAAGAGGAAUUCCGGACGUGGCUGAGGGAAGAAUGGGGUCGAACGCUGGAAGACAUCUUCCAUGAACACAUGCAAGAGCUCAUCUUGAUGAAGUUCAUCUACACCAGCCAAUAUGACAACUGCUUGACAUAUCGACGCAUCUACCUCCCUCCUAGCAGCCCUGACGACCUUAUAAAGCCAGGUCUCUUCAAAGGAACGUAUGGGAGCCAUGGGCUGGAAAUCGUCAUGCUGAGCUUUCAUGGAAAGAAAGCCAAGGGGACUAAAAUCACUGGAGAUCCCAACAUCCCAGCUGGGCAGCAGACUGUGGAGAUCGACCUGGCACAUCCUCUUCAGCUACCUGAUAUCGAGAACCUACGUGAUUUUAGUGAGCUCUCUCGCAUCGUCCUUGAGGUCCAAGAGCAGGUACGCCGGGAGGAGCAGGAGGAAGAACAACGGCAGGAGGGAGAGGACCGUUCCCAGCAAGCUGCUGCCCAGCCCACUGUGCAGCCCCUGGAAGGAGAAGGUGCCAAGGGGGAAGAGACUGUGGCUGAAGCUGAAGGGACAGUUCAGGACAAGGCACCAGAUUCCCAGCCCUUCGUGCUACCCAUGGGAGUCAUAUCGAGGAAUGAAGACUAUCCUAGGACCUGCCGAAUUUGUUUUUAUGGGACGGGGCUUAUUGCUGGCCAUGGCUUCACCAGCCCUGAGCGAACACCAGGCGUUUUUGUUCUCUUUGAUGAUGAUCGUUUUGGGUUCAUCUGGUUGGAGCUGAAGUCCUUCAGCCUCUACAGCCGGAUCAAAGUCUCGUUCCAGAAUGCCGAAGCGCCUUCCCGUGAGGCUUUUGACGAAAUGCUGAAGAACAUUCAGUCACUAGCUACUUGACGGGUGAUUUGUGAUGGACAGGGCUAGGGGUGGCAAAGGCUGCUGAGCUCCCCAGCCAGGGGUGGGACGGGGUUUCCUUGCUCUCAGUACCUCUGAAUAAAAGCAUGCACUUUUAAUAAAGCCUUUUUACCCCAAAUGUACACAUCCCUGUUAAAAUAUCCAUGACUGCCAUUUCCUCCCUGCCUCUUCACAUUGCUCCCUGGCAGUCCUUGUUAUCCAGUCUGUAACAUAGCUUUGUAUGGCUGAAGGGAUCCUGCAGAGGAGGAAAUAGAGCUUUCUUAUUGCAAAAAGGAUAUAUCAGAACAAAAAUAACUCAAGGCCAAAGUUGGAUCAGAAAAGUCUCUAGCUGACUGGCCUGAAGGAAGCCCUCUGCUCUGUCCAUUAGCAGUCUCCCAUGGAGGAGACCUUCCUCAGGGAGGGAACUUAUUUAAGCUUUUGCUGUGCUCUAGGCCAGUCUGUUCUCCUAGGAGGCUUGCUUUCCUCUCCCGAAAACCUGUGUGGCUUCCCCACUACAGACUGGCUGGCUGCUUAAUGAUUGAUUGUGUCAGAAGUGACAAAGCAUGUCCUCCUCUCCAGAAACCUUUCUCUGGGUGCAUCACUGCCCAGAGAAGCUAAUGUAAUGCCUGUGUCCUUGACUUAAAAUUGAAGUGAGUGGUUUCCUUUGAGAAUUUCUCUCACCUUGGCAACAAGAGGAGGAUCCCCACUGUAAAUGACAGUGUGUAGCUGUGCCCUGGCUUCUGAAGCUUGGUGGCUAUGUUGUUGCUGGGGCUUCAGGUUUGUGUCUUUCCUUGGGCACAGAGGAGAUAAUGGGUCUUUGUUACAGGAGCUAGGACAGAACUGGAAAUGAGCAUGAAGUGCAUAAGCUGGUGCAUUUUGAGCUGAUUUUGUACCUGAAAGUUUUCCUCGGAUCUUCUGAAAUGGGCUUAAAAGCAUUGGGAAGGAAGAAAAAAAAAAAAAAAGGCUGCCCUAGCUGAAACAAGUCCAUAUGCAGCCUGAUGACUUCUGCCUGCAAUGGGUGACAGAAACUGUCAGCUGUCACUGGUGCUGAUGUGACCCCAGUGACAUGUCAUUCUUGUGUUAGGUUGCCUUGCACAGUCUGAAGGAGCAUCGAGGGAUUCUCUUAAUGUUGCUGUGGCUUGUUCUGGCAUCCUUUACGGUUGGUGCUGACAGGUGGGUGAUGCUGAUCAGCUCGCAAGACCCUUCUAUCCCCUUCCCAGUCUUGCUGCGGCUUUUCCCCAGACAAUGGCAACUCGCACAUAAGGUUCCCGUGCUUAAUUUCUUCCCGUGAGACCUGUGUUGUGUGUGGUGGAUCUUAGCUCCCGUCAGAAGUCUGGGUGACAGGGCAGGGAGCCGUUUUCCUAUGGACUCUGAUGAGCAGCAGGAAAGCCUUGGCCAGUGCUAACCACCAACUGUGAAUUGUGCCAUGAACCAUCUCAACAUUCGCAUCCAUGCGUUUUGUUGUUAAGCCUGAGUAGGAAGAGAUACUUGUGUAGAGAGGAGAGAGCAGUUUGUAAGGCAAGUCUUGGCUGUAGGCAAAAUGUGUCACUUGUCCCAGUUGCUCUCUGGCAACGAUGAGCUCUGGAGAGUCUUCUCUUCCAGCCCCCAGCAGCUCCUCUGCAAGGAUCAACUUGUCUAACAAAACUGCCUUUGCAUCUUCUGCAGGCCUUGGUGUGUGAAUGGCUGCGCUCGUGUCAUGCCAGGGAGGAUUUGGGCCCCUUCCACAGAGAUGUUCACGUCACUGCCUGGUUUCACUGACUGCGAGAAGCUUUUGUUUUCACUCUCAUAAGGGUUUUUGCCAUCUCUGGCUCUCAAGCAUUCCCUGAAGCUGUGUGAGAACCAAGUCUCCAGUAGAGAUUUUGAGCAGAAGGCUAUGUCACUUACAGGAUUCAUUCCUGUCUCUUUGGAUAGAGGUUUCUCAAACCUCUGGGAAUUUGAAGGUGAUUUGGGGCACUUUUUUCUUUCCUUCGUACUGCUUUGUCAGUAGUGGAAAACCUGCCUAUGUCGGAGGAGAGGAUCUGAAGGGCUGUUACCUUCCCGGUGAAUGAGAUAUAAAAAAUUAUUUCUGAGCAGCCUGUUAGAUGUGUCUCUGUGUCAGCAGAGGGAAGAGUUACCUUGGGUCUCACCCCAUCAUACAGGCCUGGGAGAGCUGCUGGAGGCAAAGAGAGACAGUGGCAGUUCUCUGAUCGUUGACUUAUGGGCAGAGAGGUGACCUGAGGCUUUUUCCUUUCAUGUCCCAGUCACCUGGAAAAAAAAAAUCCUGAAGUUUUGUGUAACUGUCUUAACAGUUUUUGCUUUUCUCUUUUAAAAUAAGGUUGAAAAUCCAGUCUAUUGAACGCACUAUAAGCACUUGAUCCGAGCCCUGAGUCACUCUCUCAAGUACAGACACUGACUCUGUAGUCAGUCUCCUCCCUGCAACUUGCUUUGUCUGGUUGGCUGAGUGUGUAAAGGCAGCGUAAGCGUGAUUCACUAACGUGUCAUAAAAUGAUUUUAGAAGCUGUAACCUGCUGCUUUAGUUGCCCUUUAUGACAGGAGUCUGCUGGCAAGUGCAAACCCACGGAGAGCAGAAGGCGGGAGUGUUGCGUGCAGUGUUGAUUAGAGGUCUGCUUAGGCGCUUGUGCGAGAUCCUCUUGGUUGGCUGUUGGCGCUUGUUGUGCAUCUGCUGUUCUCCAGGCUGGGGCGGUUCCUCUGCUUGUGGCUUGUCACUUCCAGACCUUUUCAGUCGCAGUGUUAAGUCUCUUCUGAGACACGGCUGGCUGGAGAGAAGGGCUGCAGGCUGCACAGAAGGGCUGGUUGUGCUGCAGUAGCUUUUCACAGAUCAGCUUUGCCCUUGUAGAAGCUUCCUUUUAUUUAUAGUGUACCUGAUUGGCCUCAAAAUGUCAGAAUGUACUAAUCCCAAUUAGAGGCCAAACUGCUGGUACAUUGUGGCUUUAUUCUGUCUAGAGCAAAGACAGCAAAAAAUGGCAAAUUCUUAUUAAUGCUCCUCCUUUUUCCUCUCGUCUCACCUUCCACUCCUCAAAGCCUGGUAGGCUUUUGUGGCAUUUCAGAAGAAAAAUCCCUCUGAUUUGGCUUGCUGAAUGAGGAAAGUUGGCAAGACAGCAAAGCUAGAGAGAUGGACGCAGUGCUCUGGGCGCUCUGUGCCUAUAUUGGGUCCUUUGUGCCUGGUUACAUCAGUGCUUACAGGGAGAGGCAGAAUAAGGCCAUGAGGAGAACUAGCUUGUACCUCAGAAGGCUUGGAGAAAUGGGAGCGAAAAAAAGGAGGAUUUUGUGUGUUGGCAGUUGCUGAGCUGGGCAGAAUUAGCAGUGCCACCAGAUUUCUUGGAAGGCUGUUCAGAUCCAAGCCUUGGCAUUGCCAGUCAAGGCCAAGGGGGAUCUGACCACAGCCCUGCUUCUGCCUCCCCUGUAGGUACUUGUAGGAAGUGGUGGUGGUAGUGCAGUGUUUUGCUUUGCUUGUUUGUGUUUGGCGCAGGCUUUACCACCUCUCUGCCCAGGACAUUUUGGUGUGUACUCUCUUUCCUGAACCCACGUUGUCAGCUUUCUGGGAUAUUUCUCUUGAGUUGUGGAUGGGGAUAAUGUGUGGUACAGUCUUGCAGAUGGUAGUAAGUGUCCGACUGCCGAUGAUAUGACAUUGGUCACCUUCUGUAGAUUACCUUGGGGACAGUUAGCAUAUUCCUUGAUCCCAGAUGGGUGGAAAGUAUCAGGGAAGAUGGAAAAGAGCUUGUCAGUGGUAGGGAGUACUGGAAGACCUGAAUGGGGGCUUAAUUCUAGCUCAGGAGCUGUAAUCAAGUGACUUAGAUGCUCAGGCUAUGUUGUGCUCCUAGAUCAUGCUUUCUGCAUGUCAAAACACAUGGAUUCAGCCAGCUGGGAAACAGAAGAAUCAAAGAUCCUCAUCCAACUGGUUUGUUUAUUUGUGUUGGGCCUGAUUUCAUAGCUAUAAAUGUGCUGUGAUCAGGCUUUGUUGCUAAAGAAGACUUGCUGCAGUCCACAGAGACUUGUCAGCUUCUUUUUUUGACUGAGGAGGUGGAGGGACAGGAUUAUUUGUAAUCUUGGGUGUCAGCUUUCCUCUGUAGCAACUGUUGAAUCUGGAGCAAAUGGUGUAGUACUGCUGCGGCUGUCCUGGAAUGGGAGAAUAAAGGUCGGACUGCAAUUAAUUAGGAAACUAGUACUAGGGAGAAAAGAAAUUCGUGCUUGGAGAUGCAAACUCCCAGAAAAAAAUGUAGCUGGCUCAAUGUUUACUUUUAUAAAAGAGUAACUUUUUAUUGUUUUUUAUUAAUUUUAAGACUAGUGGAACGUAAUAAGAGUGUUGGAUGUUGUUCAGAAAUGGAUUGUAUAAUCUCAGCUUGUUAGUUUAGGAAAUGAUAAUAUAUUAACUUUGUCCUGUAGCUGGUUGCUCACAUGGCCAAUAAUCUUCUGUUGUGUUCAGCUGCCAAAGGAUUGCAUGCUGGCCUUCACGAUGCGGGCCAGGCGGACAGCGUAACUUACCAGUUGGACAGUGAAAUAUUUGAGAUACAUGUGAUCAGGCUGUGGAGUGGAAGAUAAGUUAUCAAAAUGUGAGUGCCACUGGCUUUUUCUGAGCUAAGUUAAAAUGUAUGUUUCUGGGUUUUGUUUGGGUUGUGGUCUCUCUCUAAUUUUUGAGGAAAAGAGCACUCAGCUCAACUGUGUUUAUUGGUUUAAUUAAAAGCAACCUGCACUUUUUUAAUUGGUUAAUACCCUUAUGUUCCCCAUAGCAGGUGUACCCUAUUUUUGUGUGUAAUUUGCACUAACCACUUUAACAUGGCACUGACUGACUAAUCUGGGUAUUUCCAGCAGGCUUUGAGUGUAAAUAAGUUGUACUUUAUUUUCAUUGUUAUUAAAAAUGAAGAUGAGACACCAGAUCUCUGCUUCUUACAGAGGGUAGCACGGAGGUGGAGGGUGAACUUUUCUCUCUGAAAUGCUGUUUGACAUUGAACACCUCAGUUUAAUGCCACAAACAUCAAUGUGGAACAUGAUAAUUGUAGUUUAAACAACUUGACCUCCCGUCUGUUCCCCCACCUGAGGGACAGAGUUUUGUCCCUUUAUUUGCGGGUUUGCAGGGAAUGACCUGGCUCUAUAAAAGCCAGAUGUGACUCGGCAACACUUGGCCUGCUGCGUCCCAGGUAUCAGUAAACUGAGCAAAGUUUGUGUGUUACUUUUCCACCUGAUCAUUGUUACCCAAGGAGCCUUUUCCAAUUUCAAAUAAUAAAAAUGAAAGUUUUGUGAACUUAA